UAGCAAAGAUUUCUAAUUAAAGUUCAAUAAUUAACCCUAGAUUUUAAAUCUUAAGAAUGAAAAAAAUGAAAGAAAAAAAUUACAAAAUUGGAAAUCUAUGAAUACGGAAAACCUGGAGGCUGGAGGGUCGGCUCCCGGCGGGGUCUGGACUCUGGCGGCGGCGGCGGCGGCGGCGUCUCUCUACCGGCAGUUUUCCGAUUUGGCUAUUUUGUUCAGUCGGCCUCCCUACCUGCGUUAUUUUUUCUUCUUUGUGUACGGGUAAGAAGGAUGGUGACUAAAAGAGACGGCCUUGGCAUAUUGGGCUAUGGGCUUCUUAUAUACAUAUACGGAGUAUAAAAUAUUUAAAAACAUUGGGCUCCUUAAAUUCAUGGAAUAGGGCCGGCCCUGUAGAUUUCGUGCUCAAACAUGAUGCUGACAUAAUUUCAGAGUUUCGAUUCAUUACUCACAAUAACCGACCGAAACCGAACUGAAUUAGUGUUUAAACCGAGCAAACCGAACCGAGGAAAACAAAAUCGAAAAGCUUCAUCAUCCCUAAAACCUACUGCAAGAAUAGAAGCAUAUUAUCUUAUCCCAACGAGAAGAAGAUAAACAGUUAGAACACGGAGUACAUAUAUUCUGAGAUACAUACCUGAUGAAAUCCUUGAAAAGGCAAAAUGGUCAAGCGAGAAUCAGAAUCGAGAUGGUGGAUGAUUGGCGGACACAUACACCCACACAAUAUCGAAAACCAUGCAAUCUGCUCAGGAGUUUACCACCGACGGAAAAGGUGCCGGCGACGAGGUUUUGAGGAAGGAGACGGGCGGCGGACGAUCUAAGGAAAGGAGUCCAGGCCGGAGGCGAUGGAGUUGAGGUUGUAACUUACUCCGUAAAACAACAUUUGGGUUGGGACUACUUGGGAGACUAAUGACGGAGGCAAAUGGAAAAUGAAAAGAGAAGGGCUUUCCCGGAGAGUUUUGGGUCGCCGGCGCCAUCGAGCACUAUGAAGCUAGUGGAGAUCGAUUGCGGCAUUCCAUUCCUCUCGGAGGAAAUCGUCUUCGACAUUCUCAAGCGACUCCCUGUGAAAUCCUUGAUCCGGUUUCGAAGCGUUUGCAGUCUCUGGAAGAAUCUCAUCAACACGCCUUCCUUCAUCUCCGAACACCUCGGCCACUCCCGCCGUCAAAACCCUUCCCUCGUCUUCCAGCGGAAUCUCGUCGGCGAUUCCCUGAAUCUGUACUUGCUCGAUCGCGACUUGCAUCUCCGCGAUGUUCACAUCGGACCUUCGAUCGACUCCUUCAGGUCCGCCAGGAUCGUCGGCUCCAGCAACGGAUUGCUCUGCGUCCAGAUCGAUCUGCGCGGUGUCUUCCCUCCUACGAUUCUACUCUGGAAUCCUGCAAUUAGAGAGGUUAAACAGGUGCCUAGAAGUAGAACAAUCAAUGAUUUUCGAUUCGAUUGUGUUCUGGGAUUCGCCUUCAGUCCAAUCGUUAACGAUUACAAGAUAGUGACCACUUAUGCAGAAACUGGUGAUGUUGUUAGUGGAGUUGAAGUUUAUUCGUUGAGCACGAAUUCGUGGAAGGGGGUAGAAUUCACGGCGUUGGAGGCUAUAAGCUUUCUCAGUGAUUGUGUCUGCGUUAAUGGAUCCAUCUUCUGGGUCACAGUGAAGAGAGGCUUGGCAUUUGAUGGGGGAGAUGAUGCUUAUUUCAUAGUUUCUUUUGACCUGGCAAUGGAAGAGUUCAAGUUGAUUGCACCACCUCCUUUAUCAAGGAAUAUAGGUGCUAAGCUGGCUGUGUACGAGGACAGGCUUGCCAUACUCUAUUACUAUUGCUCCAAUGCUGUCGACUCAAGACACACUUUCAUUGAUUUGUGGGUGAUUUGUGACGAGGGCAUUGGGGGCGGUUGUGAUGCGAGUUUGAGUUGGUCUAAGAAGUUUACCCGUGGCCCUUAUCCAUGCUAUUUACACCCAUUGACGAUCUGGAGGAAUCAGAUCGUCUGCGAUGUUUUCGCGAUUCAAACUUGCGAAGAUGAACCCGGAGAAGAAGAGAAAAGGAGUGAUGAGAUGAAAGCCGGUAUGUAUUUGUUUAAUCUUGCUUCCGACGAUUUUGUGGUCUUUGAUUCUGAUAGGUACGGCGACAAUCAUGAUGUUUUUGGUUAUUUUGAAUGCCUUGUGCCAUUGAGCAACAUUCACAUCAAAAAACUUUGAUUCCAAAGCUUAAUUGUUGCUUUGAUUCCAAUGUGGCAUUCAGUUUUUUUUGUUUUGGUUUGUAUAAUAGACGUAUAAUCUUGUACUGUCUUUUGUGAUGUUGUGGUGAAUGAUGAAGGAUGCAUAUGCAAUCCCAGGGGUGUUAGCUUCCUCUGAUGCAAGUUUGGCACCAAGUCAAGUUCAUUUCUCUUCCAAAGGUGAAUUAGAACUUCACUUUGUAGAUGUUGGGAAAAAUGGGUUAGAUUGGCAUUUGAAUAGCCAAUCAACAAGGGUCUACUAA